AUGGGCGACGAGGAGGAGGGUGGCUUCGUGGACGACGAUGGCGGCGACGGGGAUGACGAUGCUAGCGCGAUGGAGAUCGGGAGCAAAGACGGAGGCGGCGUUUUCAUCAUGGGCAUGGAGAAAGACGACGACCAGGCGGCCGACCCGGUGCUCGAACUGCUGCUGCCGCACAUCCUGGACCUCCCGGCGUUCAGGGCACGCGCGGCGGGGGCGGUGCGGCAAGAACCCCCGCUGGCGUUCCCACGUCAGGUCAGGUGGAUGCACGGAGGCGCCGUCAUCAUGGACGAAGAGAUGGCUGAUGAGCUCACGGGAAGAAGAAAUCCACUCCAGCUUCGGCACACCUACUAA